GUGAGCAGGAGGGUUCGUGGUUAUUCUGUUUGGCUACUGUAUCAUAUGGGCCAAGCAUCGGCGACUUUUAGUAGCUUUCUGCUGAGCUAAUUCCUGGCCCUUGCCUCAAGCUACACAACUUGCAUUUGUACCCUGCCUUCUGCUGCACUGAUUCCUGAUGGCCUGAAGGAAGAUACGUGGAGCCUUGUGUAAAUCCUUUUUGUGUACUGGUGACUGCAUAAAAUAUGCGGGCUAGCCUCUUCCUUUAUCAAGUGGGGAGCGGUUAUACAUUAUGCAUGUAAUCUAAUGUCCUGGAUGGUGAAAUGUGUACUGUAAGGAGACCCUGAAUGGCUUACACCUAUUUCUUUUUGUUGCAGGUUUUAACGGAUUCUUCUGUAGCAUCUGUGUGGAAAGUGCCACACACACUCCAGAACAACGACGGCUUUUGCUUGUAUUUUCCAGUGUUUCUUUUGUCAGCAAGUUCAGCAAAAUUGUUUUUCUUCAAGUGCCAGCCCUGAUCAGACUGAGGAGCCAGUGACAGAAAUGGUAAAAAUGACAAAAUCCAAAACUUUCCAGGCAUACCUGCCAAAUUGUCACCGAACCUACAGUUGUAUCCACUGCAGAGCCCACCUGGCCAAUCACGAUGAACUAAUUUCCAAGUCUUUUCAGGGAAGCCAGGGACGAGCCUACCUCUUUAAUUCUGUGGUGAAUGUGGGGUGCGGUCCUGCAGAAGAGCGAGUUCUUCUGACGGGCUUGCAUGCAGUAGCAGAUAUUUAUUGUGAAAACUGCAAAACCACACUUGGAUGGAAAUAUGAACACGCUUUUGAGAGCAGUCAGAAGUACAAGGAAGGAAAAUUCAUCAUUGAACUUGCUCACAUGAUCAAAGACAACGGCUGGGAAUGAACGGCAGUGCGACUCCUUGUUUUGGACAGCCGAUCUAUGGAACAUGCUUCAUUUUAUAAAAAGACUAAUGGGGGGGGGGGAAACAAAACAGUGGUAGGGUGGUCGAGGAAACCUCUGCAUUUCCAAAGCCUCCAAACUCCGUGGUGUAACGUUGUGGUCCUCCCCUCCCUCCAGAACAUCUUUUGCCUUUUUCCCCCUCCCCUCUGUGUAAGUCCCCUCUUUUCCUAUAUGUGUUCCUGUGUGAACAGUUAUUUCGGAUGAGCUUUUUCUAUACUCCGAGGAAUAAUCCCGUAACUCCAGGUAACUUUUGCUAGAUAGCAUCUCUCUUUUGACCGACGCCUUCAACUGCUUCCUUGUGCUGCGCGUGCUUUUUGCUGAUCACCCGCCCCAGAGGUUCAGAGGAGGCCUGUGUGAACAGUCCUGGGAAUGUAUGGGAGUGUCCCUCUUUAAUCCACCCCAUAUAGAGCCAUUUCUGUGGUCUCUCUGCAGUGAAAAGGAUGCAGUAUUGUGCUCCUCAUUAUUAUGUCUUUUUUAAAAAAAACAAAAAAACGGUGUGCCACAGCCCAUUAGGUAUCUUGUGGCUCGGCCUGUGAAAGGUUCAGUUGGCUGCCCUGACUGAAAUUAGCAAGGGUUUGCUUUUCUGUUUUUUU